AUGGUUGGGAUGGAUGGUGAUGAAACCGUGUAUAGGCGGUCUCCAAGGGAUCAACCAGGAUUACACCGGGUUAGCAUCGGCACUGACCCGUAUAUAGCCGGUGUUAUAUUGGAAGUAUAUUAUAGUAUAGAAGUUUAUUGUGAUGAUUAUGCUGAUGAGGGUGAUGAUAAACAGAAGUAUGUUGAUUGUGAUGAUGGUGAUGAUGAUGAUGAUGAUUGUGUUGAUGUUGGGAAGUUGGAAUACGUUGAUUGUGAUGAUGAUUGUAUUGAUGAUGGUGAUGAUGAGCAGAAGUAUGUUGAUUGCAAAGAUGGUGAUUAUGUUGAUGAUGAGAAGACGAAUUUUUAUUGUAAUGAUGAUGAUGAUGAUGAUGAUGAGAAGACGAUUUUUUAUUGUGAUGAUGAUGAUGAUGAUGAUGCUGAUUAA